AUGGAAACCAGCGCGCCUCCGCAACACCACCGGAGCAACGCACCUUCUUCUCCAUGGCAGCAGCGAACGCGAGCAUCCAUCACGCCACCACCAUCUCCAUCGAGCCUCGCGCAGAACGCCACUGUUCCGCCACCAUCUUCCACCAUCGCGACGCCAUUUUCAUCUCCUCCGCGAAGCUUCUCCACAACGCGUCAGCCAUGGCAGCCACCGAGAGCGAACCAGAACACCGCCAUCUCCAUCUUCUCCGCGUUUCUGACCACCGCGAGGAGGCACUCACAACCUCUGCAACGCACCUCCGCGCACGGCCACCACGAACAGCAACGCCUCUUCACCACCUGUUCUGCAGCACCAUCUUCGCGUGAACCAGUGCCACCACUGCACCUGCAACCAUCGCGCCCACCGGAGAAGCCACCACGCCGUCGCAGCAGCUUCCACACGAACCUUGCACUUCUCUGCAGCCAAAAGAGUGUGAGAGUGAAACCCUAA